CCCGGGCUAACAGUGCACUGUAGUGAUCAGAGCACCAAGCUCUGUCAUCUACAACAUUUACCUACACAAGAACAUCCUCACUUCAGCCGUGGAUAUUUCACUGCACACAGGGAUCCUACCCGGUCCUUCUUCUGCUUCUGAGCUGGAACUCGCUGAGGAAAAUGUCGGCUUCAGUACUGUCUUCCAUCUACGACUUGGACCUGUUGUACAGGGAGAAAAGCCAAGGUUCAAAUGCAAUGCACCUAAACAACAUGCUGGAUAAAAGAACAGUAGGAAUACCACUUGCCACAUCUAAUAAAAACAAUAACAGGUCCAAUUUGGGAUAUUUCCGCUCCAACUCUGCCAUUCACAUGGACUCACUCAGUGCCUAUAAGGAGACAUCACCAUCAUAUAUGAACAAGGAGAACAAAUUCCGGGAUCACGCAUUUAGUGAGAAUAGUGGUCAACAACUGCAGGACAUGCUCCAACCCAAGCCUGGAUCACAGAUCAACUCCACCCGAUACAAAACCGAACUCUGCAGACCCUUCGAGGAAAAUGGUUCCUGCAAAUACGGAGAGAAGUGCCAGUUUGCACACGGCUACCACGAACUGCGCAACCUUUCCCGCCACCCAAAAUACAAGACUGAGCCAUGCCGCACUUUCCACACCAUCGGCUUCUGUCCAUAUGGGCCACGCUGCCACUUCAUUCACAAUGUAGAUGAGCGCAGAGCUGCUCCAAAUGCUCAGAUCAGAUUGACCGACAAGGAAUCCAGUCCGUUUCUUACACAUAAAGAGAGAGAAAGACCCAGGUUGCACCACAGCUUAAGCUUUUCUGGCUUCCCCAGCUCUCACAGUGCCAUGAUUGACAGCCCAACAUCACGCACACCGCCACCACCCUCUACAUGCCCUCUCACAUAUUUCGAAGAUGCGCUUACACCGAGCGCACACUGCCUACGCGCCUUCACUUUCCCUGAGCAAGACCUAAAAAACUUCCUGGCCCCUUUAAUCCCACAGGCCCAGGGCGGUUUUAACACCCAAGCUUCGUAUGGGCCACCACCUUCACCUCCUUUUACAGUCCCAGUGCACAGUAUGCUCUCUGAGUCCCCACCGGUAUUCGACUCCCCUCCGAGUCCGCUUGACUCCCCCUCGGAUCCAGAGAGCUUUGUUAGUGGCUCCCGCUGCUCGUCGGGUACGAUCAGUGGAUCUGAGUCACCCAAUCUGGACUCAAACAGACGUUUACCCAUCUUCAGCAGGCUUUCUAUCUCAGAUGAUUAAAUUAUCACUAUUAUUAUCAUUGUUAUUCACUAUAAGCUUGAGAUUUUCAAACAAACAAACAGUAAACAAGAAGGUGCCUUAUAUAUAUACAUAUACUGUAUAUUUUUCAAUCAAGAGCCUGUUUUGUCCGAAAAACUACAGAUGGGUGAAAAAUUAAAGGUAAAACCAACACAAAGUUUUUUAGUGAGAUGUUGUUAUUUUGGAUCCACUUCCAGGAGAACUAUUUAAAUACAUUACACAGGUGUUGGGUCAGAAUAACUAUCUGAGUCCUUUACAUAUAACAGGACAAGUGGACCCCAAUGUUUAGAGUAAAUUGUCCCUCAAAGCAUUUAAGUGCCACAUAUGCACAUGUCAACAGCAUGAUUAUUUAUCUUUAGUCUGCAGAUGGUUUUUGAAACGUUUAGCAUAUAUUACACGUUACAAAGCAUUGUACAAUGCAAACGGUUCAUUUACAUCAUGCAGUACUUCAGUCUGGAAGUGUUUGUAAUCAUUAUUUAACCAGGUCUUUGCUUUAAUUUAUCAGUAUCUGUAGUGAAGUCGGACAAAACUCUGGUGCCUGGUGUGAGUGAUUCACAGCACCCCCUUGUGGGCAGAUUAAUUAAGUGCAGUUUUUGCCAUUGUGCCACAGGUUGCUGAUGGGGAAUGUGCCAUUGUUGUUUCAUGCUAUAAAAUCUAUUUAACUUAUUUAUUUUUGUCAUGUGAAAUAUAUGGCCUCCUUGGAUCAAACGAGUCCAUUUAGUAUUUAUCACCUCUAAAGCAAUACAUUUAUAUUCCUUUUAAAUUAUGAUCUCCAUUGUUAAUCUGGAAUCACAUCUUUUUUUCUCUCACAAUAAUAUAUUUUGUUAUAUUGGGGGUAUUUUGCUGUAAAUACAUAAAUAAUUUAUAAAUGUAUGCUAUUUAUUUUAUCGUUUUGUUUACUAUGUGUCUUACGAAGCCUCAUUUCUUUUUCGGGGUGGGGGGACAGGAUCUCUGGGCAUUUGAUUUGUAUAGGAUGUAGAGACUUUACAUAAUGUAUGAACUAGCCUUUCACAAUUCAAAUUAUGUGUGUAAAGAAUAGUGACAAUACGGACAACCAAAAAAGUUAGCACAUAGUUGCACUAUUUCAGUCAAGUGCCAGAGAAUGUAGCAGUCAUUAUCUUAAUGUUCACUUUCUAAAAUGUGCCUAUGAAUCUAAGUGAUCUUGUAGAUCAACUUAACUAAGGAUUUUGCUUUAGUGCCUAUGUCAAGCAAAUUCAACUGAAUGUAGCUUUUGUUUUGUUAGAUUAAGAUGACAUUGAUUUAGAUUAUUUAAGUGUUUUAUUCAGUUGUAGUAUGCAUUACUUUGGAAAUGUUUUAAAUACACCAUUCCUCGUAAUAUCAAGAAUCCUGUUUGCCUUUAUGUAAAAUUUCUGAACUUGCUGGUCGGGAACAUAUUUUGAAAAUCUGUGUCAUAAAUAGUUAAGGCUUAAUGAUCAUGUGGACUACUUAGAUUGGAGGUAAACAUUUUGAAUGUAAAGACAGGUCAGCUUGAGUUUAGGGAUUGUGUAUGCAACCUUGGCAUGAGGCAUACAUUUGUAUUUUGAAAUACUUUAAAUAGAUAUCUUAAUAAAGAUGCAUUUUAAAUAGAAAA